GGGCUCUUGAUUCGAUCAUCGUUACCACCAAGGAUGGGAAAUUUCCGCUAAACCAGCUGGCACAGAUCUCCCAGCAUUCUGCACAGCUGCUAGUGGUCAAUAUGAACAGCUUUCCAGAAAGCACAGCUGCAGCCGUCAAGGCGAUCCAACAGAGCGGGAUGAAUCUCAACCCGGAAGCGGAUGGGCUCCUGAUUCGCGUGCCGGUUCCCAAAGUCACCCGCGAACACAGGGAGAACCUGGCCACGGUCGCCAAGCAGCUCACCCACAAGGCCAAGGAGUCUCUGCGGAAAGUGCGCACCGGAGCCAUGAACCAGGCGAAGAAAGCCAAAAGCACCACCUCGGAGGACACCAUCCGAUUGAUAGAGAAGCAGAUUCACCAAAUGACCGAAGAUGCCACCGUCGAAUUGGACAAGCUACUGGCUGCAAAGACGAAGGAGCUGCUUGCCUAGGGGGGGUCACCACAAGAGGCUUUCUUCUGGCCUAAAACGGCCAGUGGUGGUUCUUCAACCGCGGGGAAGAGACUUUGGGCGGCGAACCGAAGCUCAGGACUUGAGGAAGGGGAGGCUUGGCCUCGAGGUGGAAGGAUUUGGCUGCGCGACGGUGGCUACCUCAGCUCCGUCGCCGAGACCGCAGUCCUGCCGCCCAGAAGCCAUUUUGGGAAAAGAAGGAUCACGAACAAUCUCGUCGAUUAAAUGCCCCUCCUGCCUGGAUGUUGGGGAUGGUGGUGGAGGCUUCAUAAAUGGGUCAGGAAUUUCAUAUAUGAAAUAAAGCGAGUCUGAAUAAAAGGGCUGCUUGUUGAGCCCCUAACCUUU